AUGCUCAUCGCCUGUUGUCUCCCCGUCAUCGCCGGCUGCAUUAUGAUCUGGAAAUCCACCUGGGGCUAUCAACCCGCCACGCCGGUAGCCGGGUACGCAAUCACGGGCUUCUUCGGACCCGUCGUCAGCCUGAUCAUCACGCUGGGCGCCAGCAACGUAGCCGGCGCCACGAAGAAGACCAUCAUGGCGGCGACGGUGUUCGUGGCCUACACGGUGGGUAACAUCAUCGGGCCGCAGCUGGUGAAUAGCAAGACGGUCGAUCAGCAUUAUCCGGAGCUAUGGCAGGGGCUGAUCAUUUGCUAUUGUAUCACCAUUGCGGCGGCGACGGCGUUGUAUGUGGUGCUGUGGAGGGAGAAUCGGAGGAGGGAUGCGAUGGAUGUGGAUGAGAGUUUGAGGGAUAAGUUGGCAUUUCAGGAUUUGACGGAUAAGCAGAAUCCGUUUUUCAGGUAUGUCUUGUGA